CUGUGUUCUUCUGCUGCUUUUGGUUUGCGUUAUGUUUGGUUGCUGAUAAAUAAGUGGUACAUACAUUUUCUUUAAAUUACGAAUUCCUUGAUAUAUGGUACAACCACACUGAGCUGGGUUUGGUUCUCCUCCAAUCCAAUGACCCUUUUCCCUUCUCAAAGCUUUCUUCCAGGGUUUUACCCAGAAUCAAUUUGAUUGUUUGUGAAUAUGGAUCCAACUUACACUGGACUCCCUGAUUUCAUGAACGUCAUUGAUUUCGAGCCCAUGUUACCCAAUUCAUCUCAAUUCCCAGAAAUCUCAAAUCAGUACCAAUUUAACCAGCUCUCUCCAGAUCUUGAUUUUCUGAGCAAUCAGUUUUCAAAUCCACCGGAACUGGGAUCCGAUUUCUGAUCCCCAUAAGAUGGGCAAGAAGAGUAAAUCAAAGACCCCUCAAGAGGUUAAAGAAAAAAGUGUUGUGGAGAAGCCUGUUGUGGAAGAAGAGAAGCCUGCAUCUUCUGCAAAAAAAGCUACUCCAGCAAAGAAGCCUGCUUCUGUGAUUGAUGAGAUAUUUGCUGGGAAAAAGAGGAAGAAAGCCGAAGCUGAAAAGGCUAAAAAGCAAAGUGAAGAGGCGAGUGAAAAACCCAACAAGCCUAAGAGAAAGAAGAAUAAAGAUUUAGGCUUUGUAAAUGGUGCGUUUGUGGAUGAAACUUCUGGGCCGAAAAAGAGGACAAACGAUGGUCUUGCUAUCUACACAGAGGAAGAGUUGGGUAUCAACAAAGCAGAUGCUGGAAGCACCCCACUUUGUCCAUUUGAUUGUGAUUGCUGCUUCUGAGGCUCCUUACAACUCACUGAGGAUUUGUUUGCUUAAAGAUUUUGUUGCUUCAAGUUGAGAUAGCUGAAUGGAGGUUUGGUUUUGAUGUACAUUAGAACCUGAUUAUUUUGAAUCAGUGUAACUUAUGAAUGGAGGUUUGGUUUUUCUCAUUUCAUCAAGUUUAGAAUUAUACUCAUGCCUCUGCGGCCGACCUGAUAACAGUGUUACAUUUGAUGUAUGGG